ACUGCCACCAUGGCACACCCCCUGGAAAAGGCCCUGGAUGUGAUGGUGUCCACCUUCCACAAAUACUCGGGCAAGGAGGGUGACAAGUUCAAGCUCAACAAGUCGGAGCUAAAGGAGCUGCUGACCCGGGAGCUUCCUAGUUUCUUGGGGAAAAGAACCGAUGAAGCUGCAUUCCAGAAGCUGAUGAGCAACUUGGACAGCAACAAGGACAAUGAGGUGGAUUUCCAGGAGUACUCUGUCUUCCUGUCCUGCAUCGCCAUGAUGUGUAACGAAUUCUUUGAAGGCUUCCCUGAUAAACAGCCCCGGAAGAAAUGAAUGCUCCUCGUAUAUGGUGGGGGGCUCUUCUAGCUAGGGUCUCCCCUGCUAGCAGUGGGGAUGGUAACUCACCCUGGCUCCUCCAGACAUGUGCAUGAUGCUGAGCAAAUUCAAUAAAGAUUUUUUGAA